GAUAUGUUAUGAAUUACAAUUCGUAUUAUAUGUUACUAAUUUGCAAAACAUACAAUAGGGAAAUGGUUAGCUAACAUGCGAAAUUGCUAUUAAAGUACUAAGUAGUUGAAAAGUUGCUAAUUAGUUAAAAUGCUAAAGUUGUCUGAGAUGACAUUCGAACUCGCAACCUUUGGGUUGCUAGACCUUCAGGUUAUACGCCCCACCCCUCCACUCUGACCAACCAACCUACUUUCGUUUUUUUGUUGUCUUUGUAACAAUCUGUUUUAUGUAACCAUACCAAACUUAACAUAUCGUACUAAUUUGGGGUCCCGGGUUUACAUUUACUAUGUUACGUCUAGUCUAUGAGACCAGGCUGGUAUGAAAGCCAGUAGUUUAUUGUGCUAGUGGCUUGCUGAAUCAGGUAACAACACGUCCUUUAUGUGAGUGGCUCGAGGAGAGGCGGAGGAAUCAACCCGGUGGGCUCGCGGAUCCUGUUCCUGUCAGAGUAUACAUACACAUACACACUUUAAGCUCGUGUUCACGGACUCAGGAGCUCGAAGACCGGUCCGGUGUUGGUUACCGCACCGUGCGCUUCAGCGAGCCCCUCCGCUGGAAUUAAGAGAAAUGGAUGAAUGAAACUGAAAGAAGGCGACUCAUGGAAGAGAUAUACAUCAUGAAGAAACUGCAAACGACCAUGGAUGUUCAUUCACCUUCUUUUAAGGGAUGUGGUUUGUGUUCUCACUCCUCUGUGCACUUUACUCAAUCAGGUCCAGGAGGACAAAUAAUGUGUCAUCAUCCCUAAACAUGAGUCCAGUGGAAUAAACAUCAAAUCCCAGACAGACAUUAUCUCAGGGGCCUGUAAUGCAACAGCAGCAUCAGACAGGAAGGAAAGAGCAGGGUGCACAGAGAAAGUAGUGGGACCAUAUGUGAUGUGAGUCACUGAUGAAUGGCGUCUGUUACCAAUGACCGGAUCGGAAAUAGAAAUUGCCAGGUUCUGGACCUCUAAGAACCUUACUGGGCCCCAGCCAGGGGGGAAGGAGACGUGACCAAUGGGCCUCACCCUUGACCACAAACAUACGGAUGAGGAAUCCAGGCAAUGGUAUGAGCAAUGUUGAGACUACCCAUAUAAUGGCCCAAAUGAUCAUUCAGGUGGAUCUUCUCUGGUUAGUCAGACAUUAAUAACUAUCACACAGACAAUCAUAUUUUAGUGGGCGGUGAGACUGCCGGAGAGUAACGUGAGUGUGUGUGUAUCCCUGGAUCCGAGGGGUGAUAGCGGGAUGCUGCGGAGGGGUCUGCUGGCCUGGGUGUCCCGUGUGGGCGUGCUGCUGGUCCUAGUGUGCUGCUCUCUGUCCCUCCUCUACGUCAUGACCUGCAGCCCCCACUCUGAGGACAACCUGGUGAGCCAUGCCCUGCCACGCCCCGGGCUGAGAGUCGGGGCAGCAGGGGGCACAGGGGCGGCUCAGAGCGGACCCCCGGGGUGGGAGGGCUACCAGGCCAUGCUAGUGGAGCGUGAGGAGCAGCACAAGCUACAUAUGGCGAGUCUGAAGAAACAGAUCGCCCAGUUAAAAGAAGCACUGCAGGAGCGUAGUGAGCAGCUCAAAGGAGUCCAAGACACAAUGGAGCGGGCGGCAGGGAGAGGCCAGGGCAGCCAGUCCCCAGGAGGAGGUACUCUCGGGGAGGGGGGCCAGGGGCCAGGGGCUGACAGGAGCCACGCAGACCUCCAGGAGUUCCUUCGCAGUCAGCUGGGCCGGGCGGAGGUCCACCAGGGUACUAGACUACCCAAUGAGUACACCGUGGUGCCCUUUGAGAGCUUCACCCUGCAGAGGGUGUACCAGCUGGAGAUGGGCCUGACAAGGCACCCUGAGGAGAAGCCCGUGAGGAAGGACCGGAGGGAUGAGCUGAGUGAAGCGCUGGAGACAGCCCUGCGGAGCCUCAACACACCCCGAGACGGAGCAGACAAAGGCCGGACCACCAAGGUCUACUCACCAUCAGACUUCAUAGAAGGUAUCUCUCGGACGGAGAAGGACAAAGGUACUCUGUAUGAGCUCACCUUCAAAGGGGACCAGAGCCGUGAGUUCAGGAAGCUGGUUCUGUUUCGUCCCUUUGGGCCGCUAAUGAAGGUGAAGAACGAGAGGGUGGAUACAGCUAAUGUCCCCAUCAACAUCAUAGUGCCCCUCUCCCAGAGGGCCGACAAGUUCAGACACUUCAUGCACAACUUCAGAGAGGUGUGUGUGCGGCAGGAUGGGCGAGUUCACCUCACAGUGGUGUACUUUGGGAAGGACCAGAUGAAUGAAGUCAGGAGCACUCUGGAGAACAUGUCUAGGGAGAUCAACUUUAAGAACUUCUCCCUGCUCCAGCUGAAUGAGGAGUUCUCCAGGGGGCGUGGCCUGGAUGUGGGCGCCAGGGCGUGGAAGGGAGGAAACGUCCUCCUCUUCUUCUGUGACGUCGACAUCUACUUUACCGCCGACUUCCUGAACACCUGCCGUCUCAACACUCAACCUGGUAAGAAGGUCUUCUAUCCCGUUCUGUUCAGCCAGUAUAACCCAACCCUGAUCUACGGCAAUCACGACCACAUCCCGCCAGUCGAACAGCAGCUGGCGAUCAAAAAAGACACAGGAUUCUGGAGAGACUUUGGCUUCGGAAUGACGUGCCAGUACAGAUCAGAUUUCAUCAACAUAGGUGGUUUCGACGUGGACAUCAAAGGUUGGGGUGGUGAGGACGUUCACCUUUACAGGAAGUACCUGCACAGCAACCUGCUGGUGGUGCGGUCCCCAUCGCGGGGCCUCUUCCACCUGUGGCACGAGAAGCGCUGUGCUGAUGAGCUGCCCCCGGAGCAGUACAGGAUGUGCAUGCAGUCCAAGGCCAUGAACGAAGCCUCACACGGCCAGCUGGGCAUGCUCUUCUUCCGACACGAGAUCGAGGCACACCUGCGCAAGCAGAAACACCAGCGGCCCGUUGCCAAGAAGACAUGAGGGAAUCACAAAGGAAUCUAGACUACAGGAGGAGGGCAUGACAGUAUGACAGUCAGAGACAGUGAGGGGGAAGCAACAACAGAACAGAGAUCUACUGUUAUGAACAGUGAUGACAUAACAGUACUGACUCACUAUAGAGGAAAAACACUCCAAUAUAUCCUCUGCAAAGCCAAAAAGGGCAUACAAAAUACACCUAAGACACCUGCCGUUACUUGGAAGAAGUGCAAGCACUGUGAAGACAACAAUGACAGGUAAAAGGGCCAGCAGAAAUACUUGUUUUGACUGCUCCUCUGUGUUUUGGUCUAGAAUCAUGUGCCUCAUGUUGACUGACUGACAGCUGGUUUUGAGAAUCAUGAUGUGGCAUCUGCUGGUUUCUUGAAGGAGGCUGGAGAAACUGGAACUAGAUUUCCCUGUAUCUUACUAGAGCCACCUUGUGGACAGGAGGAAAACAGCAUCACAGUGAAUGGAAUGCGGACACUAAAGCUCAAGUCAUGUAACCUGGUUACAUGACAAUACACUCAGACAGAUGGUCAAUCAAUAAAUGAAAACAGGUGUUAGUGCCAAUGACAACAAUGGAGGGACAUGGACGCUGUUAGACAUUCAUUAUUUCUCAAGCUCCACAGAGUUAUUAUGGUGCUCUGCUUUUUCUAAUCCUACCUAUAUGUGCUUUUAUGUCGAUUUUCAUCUUCAAGAAAACAAAACAAUGCAGUUUUGUCUUGUUUGAAGGGUCAAAAUAAAUAAGUAUAUAUAUACUCUG